AUGCCUGAACAAAGCAACGAUUACCGGGUGGUCGUGUUCGGAGCAGCAGGGGUUGGCAAAAGCUCCUUGGUCCUUCGUUUUGUGAAAGGAACUUUCCGGGAAACCUAUGUGCCCACCAUCGAAGACACGUACCGGCAGGGGAUCAGCUGCGACAAGAGCAUCUGCACCCUCCAAAUCACGGACACCACGGGCAGCCACCAGUUCCCUGCCAUGCAGAGGCUGUCGAUAUCCAAAGGACACGCUUUCAUCUUGGUGUACUCCGUCACCAGCAGGCAGUCUCUGGAAGAUCUUCAGCCCAUCUUCGAGCAGAUUUGUCAGAUCAAAGGGGACGUCCAGAAAAUCCCCAUCAUGUUGGUGGGUAACAAAAGCGAUGAGCCCCAGCGGGAGCUGGAUGCCGGCGAGGGGCAAGCGCUAGCUGGCAAGUGGAAGUGCUCCUUCAUGGAGACGUCGGCCAAAAUGAACUACAAUGUGCAGGAGCUCUUCCAGGAGCUCUUGAAUCUGGAGAAGAGGAGAACCGUGAGUCUCCAGGUGGACGGAAAGAAAGCCAAGCAGCAGAAGAAGAAAGACAAACUGCAAGGCAAGUGCUCCGUGAUGUGA